AUGCUAGGUCGUGAUAACCCAUCUGUUAAUAUAACACUCGAAAACUUAAUUGAUCAAGAAAUGAAAAAAUUGGGAAGUGGUUUAUUAUUUUUAGGCUCGUGUAAUCUACAUGUAGUUUAUAAUGGAUUUAAAGCAGGUUUAUCUUCGACAAGCUGGUAUGUAGAAAAUGUAUGUACAGAUAUAUAUUCGUGGUUUAAGCAGUCGCCUGCACGCAAGGAAGAUUUAGCUGAUGUUAUUAAUGAUUUUGGUGAUGUAGUUGAAAAAACAUUGCUUUAUUUUACAAUUACACGCUGGGUACUUCUUGGUAAGUCUAAUCUAACAUCGAAUGUGGUCAAAAUUCGUUUACAGUUUGUUUUAUUUUUAUGUGAAAAUAUUUUUGAUCGACUUUUAACUUGGUUUCAACAAGAAGAGCCACUUAUUCAUCUACUUUAUCGUGAGCUGUCUGAACUGUUUUAUUUGGUUUUGGCACAAUUCUUAAAAUAUGAUUUUAUUGUUGGAAAAUCUGGUGGUGAUCUAUGCGAUAUAGAUUUUAAGUUGAAUGAAAAACAGUUGAAUAGCAAAAAUAUACGAAUAGGUAUCUGUAAAAACAUUACAUACUUCUUCAUAUUUGUACUUGUUGAAACUCUUUUCUUCAAAGGCGAGCGAACUCGUAAACAAUUAAAUGCACUAACACAACAAGAACGUGAAGAUUUUUUCAAAGAUAUAAGAAACAUAUAUCACGAAAUUUCGAAAUAUUUUAAAUUAAAUUUACCGUUGAAAAAUUCUUUUAUACGUGAUCUACAGAUUUUGCAUCCUUCUAUGAAAAAUGCGCAAGAUGUUGAUCAAAUUAUUCGUGUUGCUCGUGGUGUUCCAGAUUUAUUGAUAGAUAAUGAAAUUGAUUAUUUACGGAACGAAUGGCUGGCGUAUUGUAUUGAAGUAAUCGAUCCAAAAUGGAUUAUAAAAAAUAAACAAACCGACUCAUCUGGUCAUGAACACAUCACUUAUCAUCGUAUUGAUUUUUAUUGGAAUAAUAUUUUCGAGAUCACUACAACAAAUGGUCGUCCUAAAUAUCCCGUAUUAACCAAACUUAUCAAGAAUAUUCUUAUUAUAUCUCAUGGUAACGCUGAUGUCGAGCGUGGCUUUUCGAUUAAUGAAAAUAUUAUUUCUUCCAAUCGAUCAUUAUUAUCUCAAUUAUCAAUUAAUAGUUUACGUACUACAUAUGAUACUGUGAAAAAUAGUAAUGGUGUUUAUAGUCAUAAUGUACCAAUUCAUAAAGAGUUGAUCAAGGCUGCUCAAAGUUCCUUUUCGUUUUUUAACGAAGAGUUGUCUAUUAUUAAAGCCGCUGAAGAACGAAUUAGAAAAGAAAAAGAAGAGAAAGAAAACGCCAGCAAAAUUUAUCAAGAAGUGCUAGAACAAGAAGAAGAGCUUUUGAUGACACAGAAGGAUUUACAAAAGCAACAACAAGAAGCCAAUUUAAUUAUUGCGGAUGGUAGCGCACGUCUACAGUUGGCAAUUAAGAAGAAAGACAGUCUUGAUAUUGAGAGAGCUACUAUAUUGAUUGGUGGUGGUAACAAUAAAACUUCAUGCUUCUUGCGCAUGAUGUUAGUACCUGAAGAUCGAUCAAUAAUAAUACGACAUAUUAUCAAAACAUUCUUUAUUAUACACGGCGAACCCAAAUUAAACAUGAUCUGUCCACUUGGUGGAGACCCAGCACGACGCGACGGUCCAGCCUAUGAUUCUGUAUCAUGCACUGAUCUGAAACGCCCAGCAAGCGGAACAACAGUAUGA